CAAUGGCCAAGAACAAAUUCCUAGAGCAGCAGACCAGGAUUAUAAGUGUACUUCAGAUGGCCGGCCAAAAACACUUUAAACCUAAAAACAAAGCAAAACCAGUUACCACUGAUCUUAAAAAGAGAAAUAUUAUAAAUGAAGAAAAAGUUAACAGAGUGAAUACAGAGCUUGUAAAUAUACAAAAAGAACUAGCACUCUUCUCAAAUGGCCUUUCUCUUGAACCUCAGCAGAAAGAACUGAUUCCUCAGCAGUGUCAUGAAAGCAAACCAGUUAACGUUGAUGAAGCUACAAGAUGAAUGGCUCAGUUGUAAUACAGUGGUGAUGCAUCUAAUUCCUCAAAAAGCCAAUAAAUUAAAUGUUUCAUACAAAAAAAA